AUGGCUUGUGUGGUGGAUGUUGAAUAUCCGUUACCACCCCAGAAGCCUCUCAAGGUUCUUAUCGUGGGUUGCGGAAUCACCGGGCUGACGACAGCUCUCGGACUGAAACUAUUCGGCCAUGAGGUCACGGUCUUCGAACAGUCUGUUGCACUAGCAGAGGCUGGAGCAGGAAUUCAGCUGGCACCUAAUGCGUCCAGGAUCCUACGCCUCUUUGGCGUGUUGGAGGAAGUGAUGAGUAAGGCAAACAUAUUGGCGCAAAACUCUCUGCGACGAUAUCAAGACGACCAGGAGUUGGGGAAGGCACCUCUCAUGCCACUGGAAAAAUAUCAUGCCCCGCUGGCAGUGAUCCAUCGGGCAGACCUCGUAGAUAUUCUGGUGAGGAGAGUGAGAGAGCUUGGAGUGAGAAUUCGACUGAAUACCAAAGUUCAGGCGGUGGACUCUGAAUUUGAGGCACGAAUCCAAUUACACACCCAGGAGUGGGUGCUUGGUGAUGUAGUAAUCGCCUGCGACGGGAUCCACUCCAGUAGCCGAAAACAGAUGAUGAACUACCAAGGGGCUCGCGCUGGCUACAUAUCUACUGGUGACGCUGCAUAUCGCCUCUUGAUCCCGGCUGAGGCUAUGGAAAGCAACCCCGUCACUUUCGGCCUCAUCCACCAUAAUGUCGGGAUAAGAUGGAUGGGCCCGGGAGGACACAUAAUGGCAUAUCCCAUUAAGAGAAACACACUUUAUAACAUGGUCCUCGUCCACCCGCAGACCGGAGAUUGGUCCGAGGGCGAAGAGACUUGGACCAGGAUGGGAAGUAAACGGCAAAUGCAGCAUAUUUACCAGGGGUGGAACAGAGUAGUUCAAACGCUGGUAGACUUGGUUCCAGAAAAGGAGAUUGUCGAGUGGAGUCUGUACAUUCAUCCUCAUCUGCCGCGCUGGUUUCAGAACAAAUGCGUUCUGGCGGGAGACGCAUGCCACCCUAUGUUGCCAUAUGUGGCGCAGGGAGCGGCCCAAGGCAUAGAGGAUGCAGCCGUUUUAACUUUAUGUCUCUCUCUUCCUCUGGACAUCUGGACGGCUUUGAUGGUAUAUGAGCACCAUCGCAAGACUCGCGCGGAGAGAAUUCAGGAUAGUGCCACUGCUACGGGUGAAAUUCUCCAUUUGCCCGAUGGGGAAGCACAGCGCCGGCGUGAUGAAGCUUUCAGGGGACAUGGCCGCAACCCUGAUCUCUGGGCUGACUCAAAAUGGCAAGACUACAUGUGGGGAACAGACGUGAUCAAGGAUGUGUCGGAGCACUGGGAGGAUACUGUAGCUCAAGUUCGUGGAAGAACUAAAUAG